AUGUUCAAAUUCGCCGUUGUCAUUUUCGCCAUCAUUGCCUGUGCUGCUGCCAAGCCUGGUUUGGUUGCUCCCUUGGCUUACACUGCUCCUGCCGCCCCUGGUUUGGUUGCUCCCCUGGCUUACACCGCACCCGCUGCUGUUGUUGCCGCUGCCCCAGCUCCAUUUGUCACCGCCACCAGCAGCCAAUAUGUUGCCCGUAACUACAAUGGCAUUGCCACAGCCCCAGUUGUUGCGCCCGUUGCCGCCCCUGUUGUUGCCAAGACACUCGCCGCUCCAGUAGCUGCCGCUUACACUGCUCCUGUUGCAGCUGCCUACUCUACCCCUGUUGUUGCCAAAUACGCCGCCACCUAUGCUGCUCCAUUCGCCUACUCUGCUCCCUUGACCUAUGCUGCUCCAGCUCCAGUUUUGUUGUAA